AUGAACACUGUUCGUAUUGGAAUGUCAGAAAAGACCCAUGAUCAACUCAUUGCAAGGCCUUUCGUCGUUGUUGGGAAAGUCAAGGAAUCUGACAAGACCGGUGAUCAGGCGACCGGGAAUACCCAGGAUACCGAGGAUGUUACUCUGGUGUCGGCCGCCCACUCGAGACCCACCUUUCAACUUUCCUUCUACCUUGAGCUAAUUUCUAACCUCAGACUUAAAGUAAUGACACACUACGAGGAAGAAGAUUUCACCACCGCCGACGAACUCAUGCCCUUGUCGGGCCCUGUUGCUCACACAAUAUGUCCAUCCAGCGGUGUUAGAUAUCGGCACAGCUCGAUAAAGCUCUGGAUGCAAGGUGGUUUGCGGAGUCUCGUCUAUCCAUAA